AAUAUGGUUUUGAGAGUUCUUUAUAUGUUCUUGAUAUAAGUCCUUUAUGAGAUAUAUAAUUCACAAAUCUUUUCUUUGAGUCUGUGGCUUCUCUUUUCAGCCCUUUAACAGAGUCCUUUGCAGAGCAAAAGUUUUUUAUUUUGGUGAAAUCCAAACUAUCAAUUUUUUCUUAUAUGGGUAGUGCUUUUCGUGUUGUAUCUAAGAAAACUUUGUCUUUUCCAGAAUCAUGGAAAUUGGUCCCUAAUAUUCUAAGAUUUUUAUAGUUUUAUAUUUUAUACUUUGGUCUUGAUUUAUUUUGAGUUACUUUUUGUAUACACUAUGAGGGGUAGGUUGAGGUUUGUGUGAUUUUUUUUUUUUUUUGCAUAUAGAUGUUUUGUUAUUACAACAUAAUUUGUUGUAAGAACUACAGUUUCUCCAUGAGUUGCACCUUUGUUGAAAAUCAGUCGUCCAUAUUUGUAUUGGUCAAUUUCUGGACCCCAGUCUAUUCCAUUGGUCUGUGCGUCUUAUCCUUUCACCGAUACCACAUUGUCUUGAUUACUACACAUUUUAAAAUUGGGUAAUAUGAAUCUUCCAACUUGGUUUUCCUUUUUCGGAAUUGAUUUUGCAAUUCUAGUUUCUUUAACUUUCUAAAAUAUAAAUUUUACAAUCAGCUUGUUACAUAUACAAAGAAUACUGUUGGGAUUUUGAUCAAAAUUGCAUGAAAUCUAUAGAUCAUUUUGGGGAGAAGUGAUAUUUAUAAUGCUAAUGAGUUUUCUUUGCUCUUUUUCAUCAGAUUUGUAGUUUUCAGCAUACAGAUUCUUAAUAUUUUAAUUUUAAAUCUUUUACAGACUGAAUUAUGGAAAUGGAAAGUGAUGAAGAACAGUGGGAGAAGCUGGAUGCGGAAUUUGACCACUUUGUGGUAGAUAUGAAGCCCUUUGUUUUAAAAUUACCCCACAGGCCAGAGCGGCAGAGGUGCGCACUCUGGAUUAGGAAGCUGUGUGAGCCUUCAGGAACAGGUUCAGGAACAAUGGGCAGAAAGAAUCGGAAUCUGUAUGCAAAACUGUUACUGCACAUGCUUAAGCGAGGGGUGAUCGAAGGCCCAUUUAUACACCGACCCGAGCCAGGGACACUAAAGACUUUACCCUCAUACAUGUCCAUCUAUUUUGAUGAACCAAAUCCAGCACGAGCAAAAGGUUCAAGCCCAGAAGGAUUACCGGACUGGGUAGUGGGUGAGCUGGGGACGAGUGAGCACAAGUUAAACGAAUCAUGGAAGCUUUCUUCUGGAGACAGUUACUCUUUGGUGCAGUUGCCAGCUGACGUCCGCAGGGAACAGUCCACUGCGAAGCUCCAAACGAGAUCACAUCCUGUGAGUCCAUCCGACAGAGACGAUGGACAAAAUAUCACCUCGAAGAGUUGUGAAGUUCAUUUGAAAAAACCUGCCAUUUCUUUGGAUGACAGCGACAUCGAAGCUCGCCUUAAUAGUUGGAAUCUUGGGAUAGAAAAUCCUCGGUACCUGAGACAGAAGCCUAUUCCAGUUUCUCUGAUGACUCCCAAGUUCAGCCUGAGAAAAUCCAGCAGUCUCCAUGAGGAUCAUUUGCUCUUUCGAAUGCAUGAGAAAGAGUUGGACAUGAAAAUCAAAAUGAUAGAAGCUAAAUGUCAUGAGGAAAAGCUUAACCUUCAGCAGAAGCAUGAUGCUGACGUUCAGAAGAUUUUAGAAAGAAAGAACAGUGAAAUAGAUGAAUUGAAAACUUUAUACAAAAAGAAACAAAAUGAAUCAGAGGAGACUAUUAGAAAACUUGAAAAGAAAGUUCAGACCCUUGUACGUGACUGUCAGGUUAUCAGAGAGACUAAAGAAAACCAAAUUACAGAGCUGAAAAAGCUAUGUGAGCAAAGUACAGAGUUUUUGAAUAACGACUGGGGGAAAAAGCUCCACGGCGCCGUGGCGGACAUGGAGAAAGAGAAGCUGGAGCUGCAGCGGCGGCACACGGAGGGCAUCCAGGCGCUGCUGGAGGACACCAACGCCCGGCUCAGCAGGAUGGAGGGCGAGUACCUGGCGCAGACCCAGUGCACAAACCAGAUGGUCAAAGAGCUGGAGUCCCGUGUCCAGCAGCUGACUGGAGAAGCAGAGAACAGUAAUUUACAGAAGCAGAAAUUAAUGCAAGAAAAAUUGGAACUUGAGAGAUGUUACCAGAUAACAUGUAGUGAGUUACAAGAAGUAAAGGCAAGGCGCAAUACACUGCAUAAAGAGAAAGAUCAUCUCAUAAAUGAUUAUGAGCAAAACCUGAAACUAUUACAAACCAAGUAUGAUACUGAUGUAAACCUUCUGAAAAAGGAACACACACUUUCAGCUUCUAAGGCAUCUGGUACGAUUAAAGAAUUGGAACAGAACAUCUGUCAGUUAAAACAGCAGUUACAGGAAUCAGAGCUUCAAAGAAAGCAGCAGCUGAAGGAUCAAGAAAAUAAGUUUCAAAUGGAGAAAAGUCAUUUAAAACGCACCUAUGAAAAAAAGGUUCAUGACUUGCAGAGUGAACUUGAUAAAGAAAAACACGACACUCAAAAGAAAAUGCAUACGUUUGAGGAAGUUUUAAAGGAGAGGGAGGAGCAGCUGGCGCGCGUGGCCGAGGCGCAGCGGGCGCAGGCCCAGCAGGCGGACGCCGCCCUGGAGGACUUCAGGAGGCAGGUGGAGCUCAACUCGGAGAAGGUCUACGCCGAGAUGAAAGCGCAGAUGGAAAAAGUGGAAGCAGAUCUAACUAGAUCUAAGUCUCUUCGCGAGAAACAGUCAAAGGAGUUUUUGUGGCAGAUGGAGGAUGUGAAGCAGCGAUAUGAGCAGCAGAUAGUAGAGCUGAAGCUGGAGCACGAACAGGAGAAGACGCACCUAUUACAGCAGCACAACGCAGAGAAGGGGAGCCUAGUCCGGGACCAUGAACGGGAAAUUGAAAACCUGGAGAAACAGCUCCGCGCUGCCAAUAUGGAGCACGAAAAUCAAAUUCAAGAGUUCAGGAAGCGAGAUUCACAGGUGAUCGCUGACAUGGAGGCCCAGGUGCAUAAGCUGCGAGAAGAGCUGGUCAGCGUGAACGCGCAGCGCAAGCAGCAGCUGGUGGAGCUCGGGCAGCUCCGGGACGAGGAGAAGCAGAGGGCCGCCCGGGACCACGAGGCCGCGGUCAGCAAGCUCAAGGCCGAGUCCGAAAAGAUGAGGUCGGAGCUGAGGCGCACGCACGCGGCCGAGACGGAGCUGACGCUGGAAAAGGCCAACGGCAGGCUGAAGCAGAUUGAGAAGGAGUACGCCCAGAAGCUUGCCAAGUCUUCGAAGACCAUCGCCGAGCUCCAGGCGGCCGUUUCCUCCCUGCGAGAGGAGAGCAGCCGGCAGCAGCUCGCUGCAGAGAGGCGGCUGCAGGACGUCACCCAGAAGUUCGAAGAUGAGAAGCAUCAGCUGAUUAGAGACAAUGAGCGAGCAGUCAAGGCCCUGCGGGACGAGCUGGAAAACCGCGCGAACCAAGUGCGGUGCGCCGAGAAGAAGCUGCAGCACAAGGAGCUGGAGGCGCAGGAGCAGAUGACUUACAUCCGACAAGAGUACGAAGCAAAAUUCAAAGGGCUGAUGCCAGUAUCCCUAAGACAGGAACUCGAAGAUACCAUUUCCUCCCUGAAGUCACAGGUUAACUUCCUGCAGAAGAGAGCGUCCAUCCUUCAGGAAGAGCUGACCACAUACCAAGGCAGAAGGUAACUGUGAGGACUUCCCGGAGUAACACAGAGCAUAGAUGGAUCAUGUCUGGGCUGUACUGUGGACGUCUAGCAGGUUUGAAGAGUUGGAUAGUUUAACGUAAACUGUUGAGAUCAGUGGCAUUUUUUAAUAGUUAAAUGUAAUUAAGACCAUAAAAACAUGCAUCACUCAUACACUGGUGGGGUGGUUUUAUUUGUGUCUGCCUAAGUUAUUUUUUAGCAUUCCUUUAUUUUUGAUUUCCAUAUUGGUGUGUGAGUGUGUACCGAGAAUUGCUUAUAUCGCGAAACGGAAUGAUUUCCUAUCUGUUGCUUUUGCAUAGAAUUUUACCAGUUGCGUAUGAUCAAAAUCACGUUUUGUAGUAUCAUAUCAAACUUUUAACGUGUUUCUAUUGUUUUCCUGUUCAUAUUCAUAUUUUAUUAAAGAUUGUGUUGUACUUGUCAAUUUUA